AUGUCGCGCGACGGCGGCGACGCCGACGGCGGCGCGGGCACGUCGUCGUUCAACAAGCACGACGGCGGCGGCGUCUCCGUCCUCGGAUGCGACGGGAAGCGAUACACCGUGGACGAGUCCACCGCGAGCUACUUCCACGAGAUCGAAGCCCUCGUCGCGGUGGACCCGGACACCCCGGAGGCGGUCGAGGAGCGGACGAUCCUCGCCGGCAACGCGCUCGAGGAAGCGCGCGGGCACGAGAUGGCGCUGUCGAUGGACGCGCGCUGCUCCCGCGUCGUGGAGAAGCUCCUCGACGCGUGCGUCGACGACGAUCUCGCGACGUACGUGCGCGGCGUGACGGCGGCGCCGACGGACUUCUUCACGCUGUGCAAGUCGCUGUUCGGCAGCCGCGUCGCGGAGCGCGCGCUGGGAUGCGUCGCGGCGCGCGUCGGGAAAGAUCCGACGGCGGAGACGCUCGAGACGUUUGCCCCCGCGUUGGCCGCGAUCGGCGAGUCGCUCUCGAGCGCGGCUGUCGACGCGGCGUACGACCCGCGCGUCUCGCCGGUCGCGCGGAAGUUUUUGAGCGUCGUGUCGGGGAGGGAGUGCGCGCCGAGCGCCAAGGCGGGGUCGCUGGCUGGAAAGUUGAAGGGCGGCACGAGCGCCGCGGGCGCGUUCGCGGACAGCGGCGACGCGCCGCCGGAGAGGCACAGGUUCGAGGCGUUGCUGCGAGAGUACAGCGACACGACGCUCGCGGCGCUGGAGAGCGAGCUGUGGGGGCUAACGGAGGACGCGUGCGGGAGCGCGUUUUUGCAGGCGAUGUUGACGGCGCACCGCGGCGACGCCGCGGCGUUGAAUUGGAUCAUUCCCGGGUUCCUCGGAUGCGCGCCCGCGGAGGGGACGAAGGAGGGCGAGCUCCUCGCGGACGCGAAGGAGAGCGACGUGAAGCAGCUGUGCGAGUCGAGAUCCGGGUCGCACCUGUUCGAGGCGAUCCUGCGAGCCGCGCCGCGAGGGCUGACGCACGAGAUCUUCCGCAGGUUUUUCCGAGGGAAACUUCGAGGCAUCGCGUCGCACCCGACGGCGAACUUCGUCCUCCAGGCGCUCUUCGGCGCGACGCGCGAGCAGGACCACGUCACCGCCGCGCUCAUGGAGCUCGGCCCGGACUUUGGCUCGCUGAUGCGCGAGCGGCGCGCGGGCGUCGUCGCGUCCUUACUCGCCGCGUGCGCGAGACUUCGAACGGGGGAACGCGACGCCGCGAAGAACCUCGCCAGAGGGCUCACCGCGAAGACCGCGUCGGCGCGCGUCGGCGGGCGCUCGCAGCUCGCGCCCUCGCUCCUAUGGCUCGACCAGCACUCCGGCGCGGCGGGAGGACGGUGCUCCGUCCUCGGCGCCGCGAUGCUGCAGACGAUCAUGAAAUUCCCCCCGGAGACGACGCCGCAGUUUAUCGAAUCGAUCGCGACGCUGCCGCCGAACGAAGCCCUCGGCGCGGCGUGCGACCCCGGAGGCAGCCGCGCGCUCGAGGCGUUCCUCGGCUCGACCGCGCACAAGCCGAAGCUCAAGAAGGAGCUCGUGGACGCGCUCGCGCACGACUGGAUCAAGCUCGCGUCGAGCGCGUGCGGCUCGCACGUGCUCCAAGCCGCGUACGGGUGCGCGGAUCAGCGGACGAGAGAGACGAUCGUUCGGCGGAUGUCGCAGGGGGAGAAACAGAUCGCGGGGACGCGGCACGGGCCGUAUUUGUUGCGGAGGUUGGGCGUCGCGGACUUUAAGGGGGAUCCAGAGCAGUGGAGGAACCGCGCGAAGGUGGCGGAGGACGUCAAGGCGGAUUUCGCGAAGACGUUUGGCGGGGACGAAGACGCGGAGGAGGAGGAGGAGAACGCAGGGAAGGGGAAGAGGAAAGCGGAGGAGAGCGACGGCGGCGGCGGCGGCGGCGAGGACGACGACGACGACGAGAGAGUCGCGAAGAAGGCGAAGAAGGAGAAGAAAGAGAAGAAGGAGAAGAAGGCGAAGAAGGCGAAGAAGGCGAAGAAAGAGAAGCGAUAG